AUGUUCGUCGCACCAAAGAGUCCUAGUGCGGAGUUAUGGGAUGGUCCACGAUCUGGCAUUGAAGGAGCUAAGGAAAUAUUUGGAGCGGAUCAAGCUUUUGAAAAUACGGGCUUUACUCGUUAUUUACAAAAGGUGCUUAGUUCAGCAAAAAAUAUCUUUAUGGAUAGUCCGGGAGAACAACCUACUCUUUUGAACGAGGCUGGCAAGAAGUUGAUUGAAACGGGCCUAAAGGUUCAAACUGUGUUACCUCUUAGUAAGCUGGUUCAGGAAUUGAGAAUGGUCAAGAGUACUACGGAAAUUGAAAUUAUGAAAAAGUCAGGUUUGAUCAGCUCUAAAGCAUUUGUCGAGGCUAUGAAAUGGACUGAGCCAGGCACCACAGAAGGUCAACUUUGGGCAAAAUUUGAUUUCGAGAACAGAGUACGAGGAUCCACUAUUUUAGCCUAUGUACCUGUCAUUGCAGGUGGUCCCAAUGCCUUGUCAAUGCAUUACGUACGCAACGAUAUGGAAUUAAAGGAUGGUGACUUAGUGUUGGUGGACUGUGGUGGAGAAUACAAUGGCUAUGCCAGUGAUAUAACCCGAACCUGGCCUGUCAAUGGUAAAUUUACCGAAGCCCAAAGAGAACUUUAUCAGGUUGUUUUAAAUGUCAACAAAUCUUGCAUUAAACUCUGUACUGAGGCAAACACCAUCUCAUUACAUGGUAUCCAUAAUCAUUCUGUCAAGAUCAUGAAGAAGGAACUUGAAAAUAUUGGCUUCAAUGUGAACAGUUGGGACCUUGAACGUAUCCUCUACCCUCAUCACGUUGGGCAUUAUUUGGGAUUGGAUGUACACGAUUUACAUGAUUUAGAUAGAUCUCGUAAAUUGAAAAAGAACAUGGUUAUUACGAUUGAACCCGGAAUUUACAUCCCCUUUGAUGAUAAGUUCCCUGCCAAAUAUCAAGGAAUUGGAAUUCGUAUUGAGGACAAUGUCGUGAUUGGAAAGGACGAACCUUUUGUGUUGACAGCCAAUUCACCUAAAGAAGUGGUUGAUAUUGAAUAUUGUUGCGAAAAUAAGUAG